CUUAUUAAUUGGAAUGGAGAGAGUACAACAUACUUCCCAAAGUCCGGCCGACGACUGUAGCCCUAAACCCACUGUAAAUGGAAAGAAAGAAACCGAAGUCCAAAACGGUGUGGCGGAGGCCGCCUCCAAAAUGGACAGAGCUGCCGCGGGAAAUAACCGCGAACAUCUUGCAGAGGCUGGAUGUGGAGGAUAUUCUGGAAGUCGCGCAGAGAGUGUGCAGGACCUGGCGAAGCGUGUGCAAAGAUCCUUCCAUGUGGCGAAAAAUUGAUAUGUCUUUGUACGAUGAUGACGAUGAAUCGGUAAUGAUGUGUGAGCACGCCGUCGAUCUUAGCCAGGGGCAAUUGAUGGAUAUCAGGCUUGGAUUCUUCACCUCCGAUUCACUGCUUUUAUAUAUCGCCGAGAGAUCAAGCCAGCUUCGAUACCUUUCUCUUGAUUCUUGUUGGGAUGAUGUAUCCGGUCAUGGUUUAACUGAAGCUAUUAAGAGGUUUCCUUUGUUGGAGGAGCUGCACCUGUUCAAUGCUGAAGUUCCUUCUGAAGCCGUAGAAGUUGUUGGCCGUUGUUGCCCAUUGUUGAAAUCCUUUUCCCUUGCAGCUCUUGCAAAUGUUCCUGGUGAUCCUGUGACGAAAUGUAAUAAGGACGCACUUGCUAUCGCGAAAACCAUGACUGGAUUGCAACAUCUUUGUCUUGUUGGAAAUAAAUUGACUAAUGAUGGCCUCCUAGCAAUUCUUGACGGGUGCACUCACCUGGAAUCAUUAGAUCUCCGGGGGUGUUUGAGAGUUGACCUCGAGGGUGAUAUUGGUAAGCGUUGUUCUCAGCAGCUCAAAUGUGUGAGGCAGCCCAAUGACUCCAUUGAGGAUCUUGAAAUGUAUAAUCCCGGUGCAUUUGAUGAUUACGGGUCCUAUACUGGCUCUGACUCAUUUGAGGAUUCAGGGUCCUUUAGUGGCUCAGACGUCAUGUCUGACUCUGAUGAUGAAUAUUGACACGAGUAAGGGGGACUAUGAUGACAUUUUCGCUGUUUCUGCUGUGCGCUGCACUACAUUCUGAUGCCGAAGAUUUCUUCCUGUCGAUUUUCUGACUUUUAUGAAGUCCCAUGCAUCAUGCUCGGUUUAUGAAGAAGUUCUACGUAGUAAUUACCUUUUAACUAGCUUUGAUUAGUAGGAUGGUGGCACCAUUGAUGAAUUGAUCAUUGCAGUAUGCAGCUCGUUGAUCCUUUGAGCUGCUAGCCUGCUGUGUUAAAUUGUCAAAGGUUUGUCGAUCUUUCUCUUCCUAGUUUUGGCCAGUUAGUUUUGGAGGAAGGGAAUAAGGCAGCUGGUAAUGGCUUUUACUUUGCUGCUGUUUUGUAAGUGCACCAUCUGUUGUGCUGUUCCAGUAUAUUAUGUAUAUGUAAUAUGCCUAACGUAUGCUUACCAGUUAGCAAAUUUUCUGUUUCUGCUACAUUAGUGUAUAUGACGAAGAUCGAACUCAAGAGAUUCAUGUUUGCCAGUUGGAUUGCAAGAAUUAGCCAUUUAGGAAUAUGGUUAAAUAUCGGUCGGAUAUAACAUCUUCAUAUGCGUUAUUAUUGCAUAAGAAGGGAGUUUAACAAUUCAAGUUUGGAUUGAUGGUGAUGGUGCAGAGGCUUGUUAAUUACCCGAACUUUGGCUUCACCACCAGGCGUAACAGUAUUUUGUAGAUGCUAGUCUCACUUUUCAAUAAAGAAAAAUAACUUAUUCGUGGGUUUUUGGAGAUUCAUGUUUGUAACCAGGUACUAUUUUAAACCAUCAAAUCUAAUAAACAUGAUGAAGUGUGUAAUGGUUUAGUGUUUGUUUGUCCAAUAACUCAUUUUCCAUUUUCAUUCAUUUUACCUUUUAAAUACAAAAUUCAAUAAAAAAAAAACAUCAUCUAAACAAUUUUUUAAUUUACCUUGUA